CCCGGGGGAAAGAGCUAUAGGGCGGCUGCCCAGCCACGCACUGGCCGGGGUCCCGCGCUGGGCUCCCCGCAGCCCCGGGCGCCUCCCGGGAAUCUGCCCGCCCCGCCCACCGGGUCUGGGGUGGGCCUCGGGAGUAGCCGCCGGGGUGGGGACAGUGGCAGAAGCUACCUGGCAUAAGCGCCCCGACACCUGGCAGUCUCCCCCGACACCUCCCAGUGCUACAAGAAUGGAGCAACCUCCCCAGCCCGGGUUUGGUGCAAGGUAGCCAAGUAAGAACAGAAAUAAUGAAGAAACACACAUGUUAGUUGCAGCCUCUGGAAUAACGCAAGAAGAAAAUCAACAGUGUGGACAGGGCUGGAACAGUUGCCAUGCUUGCUUGUUGGAGUAAAUGAGGAAUGGGCUUGUGAUUAUGCUGACAUUCCAGCAUGAAUCUGGUAGACCUGUGGUUAACCCGUUCCCUCUCCAUGUGUCUCCUCCUACAAAGUUUUGUUCUUAUGAUCUUGUGCUUUCAUUCUGCCAGUAUGUGUCCCAAGGGCUGUCUUUGUUCUUCUUCUGGGGGUUUAAAUGUCACCUGUAGCAAUGCAAAUCUCAAGGAAAUACCUAGAGAUCUUCCUCCUGAAACAGUCUUAUUGUAUCUGGACUCCAAUCAGAUCACAUCUAUUCCCAAUGAAAUUUUUAAGGACCUACAUCAACUGAGAGUUCUCAACCUGUCCAAAAAUGGCAUUGAGUUUAUUGAUGAGCAUGCUUUCAAGGGUGUCGCUGAAACUUUGCAGACUCUGGACUUGUCUGACAACCGGAUUCAAAGUGUACACAAAAAUGCCUUCAAUAACCUGAAGGCAAGGGCCAGAAUUGCCAACAACCCCUGGCACUGCGACUGUACUCUACAGCAAGUUCUAAGAAGCAUGGCAUCAAAUCAUGAGACAGCUCACAAUGUGAUCUGUAAGACUUCGGUUUUGGACGAACAUGCUGGGAGACCAUUCCUCAAUGCUGCCAAUGAUGCUGACCUUUGUAACCUCCCUAAAAAAACUACUGACUAUGCCAUGCUGGUUACCAUGUUUGGUUGGUUUACUAUGGUGAUCUCCUAUGUGGUGUACUAUGUGAGGCAAAAUCAGGAGGAUGCCAGGAGACACCUUGAAUACUUGAAAUCCCUGCCAAGCAGGCAAAAGAAAGCAGAUGAACCUGAUGACAUUAGCACUGUGGUAUAGUGUUCAAUGACUGGCAUCAAAAAAGAAAUUUGUUUUGCAAUUUCAGUAGAAUAAGUGGUUUACUUAUCCCAUCUAUUGUAAACAUUUACAACUUUGUAUUGCAGUUUCUUUUGAAUUAUGCCACUGUUGAACUUUUAACAAACAUGACAGCAUAACAAAUCGUUUUAGUUUAGAUGAUCCACCCCUUAACUGUACCCCUAGUGGUUCCUGAGUAAGCUAUUCUCUGAACAUUAGUUAGAACCAUCUCACUAUUUAAUAAUAAAAUUUAUUUUUUUAAUUUAAAGCCAAAUAAAAGCUUAACUUUGAACCACGAAAAA